AUGCCCGAAAUUCUCAAAUGCCCCAAAUGCGACGCAAACGCCGAUGUGACAAAAGAUGGUAAAUGGGCACAUUGUGCUUCGUGCAACAACAUCUUCCAGCCCAGCGAGAGCCCUGAUAUCAAGGAAGGCGAGAAGGAAGAGGCAAAGUAG